AUGGUCAACAGUCUCUGGUUCAAGUGGAAGAGUCUCCGGCUGCCGUGGCGGCGAUCGUUCCUUGUUGAGGUUCUGUACGUAAUUCGAACAAAUUUGACGAACGUGUUUCUCAUGUACGAUCACCAUCUAGGCCAGGAUCUCGCAGGGAACACAUUCUGGGAAUUUAAAGACGUCGCCAAUGCCAAUCGAUUUCGACGGAUUGUGAAAUUCGAUCCAAAGACUCAUUUUGGAGAUGUUCAAGUGACGCCGCAAUGGCAUCAGUGGCUCCGAUACGUCCGUCAACACCCGCCCAGUCUCGAAGAACAACAGCAAGAUCUGGUCCGUCAGACACAGAUCAAGCACCUCGCUCGUCUGGCAGAUGAGCGCUGGGCUAGCAAGCCAUCCUUCCUCGAUAAACCAAAGUCACCACCCCAGAGUACUCAGUUACCCACAGGACCCAUCAGAACGCCGACGGAUAUCCCCGAGGCCAAUCCGGCCAACAGCGCGCCAUUCUCGGCGUCGUCUACCCCGACGACGACGACAACAACAACAACCCAACCCCGACCGGAAGUUGAGAAGUCAGCCCCCGUGAAGGAGGACCCGUGGGCCAAGGCGAACGCGGGCAAUCCGGGAGAUACCUGGCAGCCUGAGUCAUGGACUCCCACGUCAAAGCGAUGA